AUGUAAAUUAAUAGGAAUCAAUUCAUUAAAGUAUUUGACUUUGAAAAUUAUAUAUAAGUUUUUAGUUGCUUCUGAUAAUCAUCUUGGAGCAAAUGAAAAUGUGGGACCAAAAUCUAAUAGAUAUUAAGAUGCUUUUGAUGCUUUUGAAGAAGUCCUUUUAAUAGCUUCACAAUAAAAUGUAGAUUUUGUUAUAUUGGGAGGGUAUGAGUUCUAUUUAAAAAUAAGGGAUUUAUUUCAUGAGAAACAUCCAACAGAACAUUGUUUACUUAAAUGUGUUGAUAUUCUAUAAAGACAUGUAUUUGGAGAUAAUUUUGGAGGAAUUUAAAUGGAAGUCAAUUCACUCAAUUAUUAACCUAAUUUUAGUUGUUCUAAUUUUAAUGUACAAUUACCUAUCUUUAUUAUAAAUGGUAAUCAUGAUGAUAUAGUUACUGAAAGAAAUGAAAGUGUUUCCAUUUUAGAUAUUCUUCAUGAAUCUAAAUAUUUAAAUUAUAUUGGAAAAAUCACUGAUUAAUCAAAUGUUUGUAUAAAACCUAUUGUUCUUGUUAAGAAUAAUUAAAAGAUUGCACUCUAUGGUUUAGGUUAUAUGAAAGAUUAUUAAUUAUAUAAAAUAAUUAAUGAUGGGAAAUUGGUAUUAGAUUAAUUAGAUGAAAAUAAUUUUAAUAUUCUAAUUAUUCAUUAAAAUAAAUAUAAGGGUAAUCAUUUUUAAGAUGAAAAGAAUUUUAUAGAUCCAAUUUAUUUUAAAAAUUAUAAAAUUGAUCUAUUGAUUUGGGGUCAUGAACAUGAAGCGUAAAAAUUAAAUUGAUUUUAUUAUAGAAUAUAUACUUUAGAUACAUGUGAACAUUUUUAAGUAUUUUAUCCAGGAAGUACUGUUGCAACAUCAAUAAUUGAAUAUGAAUCUUUAAUUAAAUAAGCAGGAUUAUUUACACUUACAAAGAAUCAAAUGAAAUUUGAAAGCAUUAAACUUGAAAAUAGUUAUAGACCUAUGAUUUAUAAGAAUAUUGAAUUAAAUGAAUUAAUAAAAUCAGCUGAAAAUAAUUUAAAUAUUAAUAAUUAGGAAAUAGCUGAAAAAUUAUUAUUUGAUUUUGUUGAAAAAGAAUUAAUUAAUUAUUAUUCAACUAGUUAAUAUAGAUAGAAAAAACCAUUAUUAAGAAUUAAAGUAGAGUAUUCUGGAUUUGAAAUAAUGAGAAUGAGAUAUAUUGAAACUAAAUUUGCAGAUAGAGUAUCAAAUCCAGAUUAAAUAUUUAAAUUUUGGGAGAAGAAAUCAAAUCUAUAAGCUUAAAUAUAAAAACGAAAAGAAUAAGCUAAUUAACUUAAUUAAUAAUUUGAUAAUAUUUUAAGAAGUAAAGUAGAAAUUAAUUCUCAAAAUUAAACUAUGAUGAAUGAAUUUUCAAAUAUGGUAAUUAUAGAUUUCAUAUUUUAAGUUAUCAUAAAAGUUGUAUUAAUAAAACUUUUAAAUAAUAGAAUAAGGAGAUUUCUUAAACAUUCUUGAUAACUUUUUAUCAUCAACUAAUAAGGAAAAGUCUAAUUUAUUUAAUGAUUUAUAUCCAAAGACAAUUGAGAAAUUUAAAGAUAAUAUUAUACCUUAAUAUAAUAAUAGAAUAUUAUAAAUUGUGAAAAAGUAAAAAGAAUAUCAAGAGUCUCUUAUUUUUUAAAUACGUGAUGCAAUUAUUAAAAAUUUUGAAGGUAAAACAAAAUAUGAAUAACUUUAUUGUACUGAUUUUGGAUUUGAUAUAAGCUAAAUGUUUACUAAAUUUUAGGAAGAUUUUAGAAUUGAUACAAAUAAGAUUAAUUUAAAUUAAGUGAGUAAAUAGAAUGCUUCUUUUUAAACAAUGCCUUCAAAAUAAAUUUAAUUUUAGAAAUAAGAAAAUCAUUUAUAAUCUCCAAUUAUAAUAGAGGAUGACUCUAUUCCUAAGAAUGGUUAGACAUAAAUAAGUAUAUUUGGUUAAGAUGAAUAAGAGGAUGAAGAUUUUGAAGAAAAAAAAGAUAAAAAAGGAAAGAAAGGACCUAAAAAGAGAUAACCUAUAAAAAAAGAAGAUGAUGUUGUAAUUUUGAAUAAAAAGUAAAAAUAAAAAAUAGAAUUGUAACCUUAUAAAAUGGGAAUGAAUAAAUUAUUCUGA